CGGCGCGUCAGUUGCUAUGCGUCCGGGCACGAUCGCGAACACGGUGCGCGAUCGCCAGCAAACGGGCCGUGCCUAAUAGUCGUGCUCCUCUCACCCUUGGACGUAAGCGACGUAACGCGAGGCGAAGCGAGACGACGACGUCGUAUAUCAUUCACUGCCUCUCCUUCCUGGUCGACGACGACGACGACGACGACGACGACGACGACGACGACGACGACGACGACGACGACGACGACGACGACGUAGACGUGGACGUGCUCGCCUUCCAUGCGACGAUCGCGGAAUUAGAGUCGAGACAGAAAGCACGCACAUGGUCCGGCAAUCGCGACCAUGAUCGCGAACCGUGCCGCGCUGAUCACCGGCCUCGUCCUCGUUGUCCUGGCGGCCACUUUCGAUCGCGGCGAGGCGAUAAUAUGUUACCAGUGCAACAGCGAGUACGACCCGCGUUGUGGCGACCCAUUCGACCCAUACAGUCUUGGAACUGUCAACUGCAGCUUUCAGCCUCGCCUGGAGCACCUCAGCCAGCUGGAGCCGACUCUUUGCCGGAAAAUCAGUCAAAGAGUGUACGGCAAGGUGAGGGUCGUCCGAAGCUGCGGAUACAUCACGCACGAGAAAGACAACGGCGAAUGCCUUAUGAGGACCGGUACCCACGACGUACGUGCUACGUACUGCUCGUGCACCGGUGAUCUGUGCAAUUCCGCACUCGAGAGCCGCACGCCGUCCUUAUUACUGCCACUGGCAUCCCUCCUGACUGCCGUUCUGGCGACACCGAGUCUGCUCUUGUCGUGCCCGAUCGCGCCGCCUCGUACCUCCACUCUCUCAAUAGCCUAAUUCUGCCUAAUCGAUCGAAUCACACCUGAAUCCGAAUCAGCCAGCCUGUCGUCGUUGUGCCGCACGGACCGUUCGCGUAAAUGCUGUCUGUGUGGGUGCGUGUACCUGUGUAUGUGUGUGCGUGUGUGUUUUACGUAUGUCGGACACGCGUCUGCAACUGGUCGAUCAAACGCUGUGACCGACUGUCGUCAAUUUCGCCGCCACGGUAUUCCCCAAUCGAGGGAAGAGAAGCCCCGGGAGAAGAAACGGCUCUUAUUGUUGCAUCGGAAAGAAAGAAAAACCGAGAAGUUGCUCGCCUUGUUUAUGUACAGAUGUAGAAGAUCUUCGGCCUAUCCUUCAUCACAGAUAUCCGGCCUAAUCGAAUCGCGAGAAUAAAGAUCGAAGCGCGCUUCCACACGCAGUCAACGAAAACUUUUCGCGAGAACUGGCCUUCUUCUGUCCCGAGCCGUACAACGAAUCCGACGUGGCCUCUCGUACUCUCUCUGAAAGCGCCGUUUCUUCGUGGGCUCACGCUCGCGAAAACGCUUGAGGAAUCGUACCGCUGCUAUUACGAAUUCCUCUAUUUCCCUUCUCUUUUCUCCUGAUUUAUCCUCUUCAUUAUUCCUUUCUUACUUCCCCGCUUUUCUUCUCUUUCUAUCCUGUCUCUCUUACUCUCUUCCCUUUAUAAGUUAUAAAGUGUAAUAUUUAAUAUUUACGCGUGUCUGAAGCAUCGGAAGUACGGUUUCACGAGAAUCACACACGACGUUGUAGAUCUCCGACGUUUGCGGAGAAUGCUGUAAACUCUUUAGGAAAAUCUUCAGAUUCCUUCAGUAGCUAACUAGUAAAGAUGGAUUUCGUCUCGGCACCUCGGCGGCGAACGGUCCGCCGGAUAACCGACGAUUAUAACGUAGUGUAACGGUGAUAACUGCCAGAUGCGCGAGGACGACACUUCAAUACAAGUAGUACAUAUCUUCGCGAACAAAAGAAAAAGGAAGGUAAACAGCAACACAUACACGGCAUAAGGAUAAAAGAUCGAUCACCGGCUUUUUUCACGUGCUGACGUUGCGCUUGUCGCGCGGUCGAUUGUCGCGCUGAUCGCGAGUGUCGGAUGCAGCGUUUUUCGAGUCUACGGAUAUUUUUCGCAAAGGUGGAUCAAGAGGAUUCGAUCAGGAGAAGCCAUUCCGCGAGAUUUACAUUGAUGUUUUUUUAAUCCUCACAAACACAAUCUUGAAAUUUUACUUCACGUUCAACUUGUUAAUAUAUUUUUUUCCGGACAAGUGCCGCUUCGUUACUUCGUUAAAUAAAAAAUCAGUCGAAUUUGCGAUUGAUGGUUUAUUUAAGAACUUGCAAAAUUUAAGUUUUCUCUCUCUCUCUCGCUCUCGCUCUCGCUCACUCUCUCUCCUCUCUAGCCCGCUCACAUAAUAUAUUCCUGAUCGAUUUCUAUUGAUUCGUCUAUUUUUGUAUAGAGACGGCCGGCCGCCGAUUCUUGCCUCGCCUCGUUGCGACAAGCGCAACGAUAAUAGUUCUAAAAAGAGCGUAUAGAGAAAAAAAAGUGAAAACAGGCGGAUAUCUUGCAAGAUAUUCGCUUAGAUAUCUAAUGAGAAUUUACGAUUAGUGGAAAACUAAAGAGUCACACGGUAUAAAAAUAACGUAAAUAUAGAGUAGCGGCAUCGCGCGCGACACAUUUCGCACCCCGCCUGCUACUGCUGAACAUCCGUGUCUGUGUCUGUGUGUACGCGUGUGUUGCAUAUUGUGUCUGCGCGACUGCGUGUGCGUGUGUGUAUGUGUAUUGUGUGUACGCAUAACUUUACGAUGUAUGUAUAUGCACGCGAAGUAAAAAGCAAAAAAGAAAAAAGAAGAAAUGAAGUGUGCAAGUAUAUUUUUCGUUGGAACGAAAGCCGAAAUGGAAUUGUGCACGCGAAAUCGGCGCAGUCCUGCUUAUUUCUAGAGGUGCAAUGUCAAUGUAGCGUUUGCGAGGGCGCGAGAAGACCCACGUCACGCAGGAUGAUGCACCGCUUGCAUCCGCUCGGUGCGCACUUCAGUAACGUUCUGCCGCGUUCUGUUGAACUCAAGUUAUACAGUCGCUCAUAGGAGAUCAUACGUUGUUUCUUCUUGCCCGGACAACAUCGUGCCGUUGUUAGUUCCGUGUGUAUUUGCGAGUAUUGUUUGUAUCCGCGCGCUCUCGAGUUUUACCGACUUCUACCGCAUGAAUGUGACGUCCAGAACGAACUGAAGUGCGGUCCGCACGGAUGCGAUGUACUACCAUCUGCAUCGUAGCGGUGUAUUGGGCAUCGAUCGAUUGACCGGGAUAAUCGAAAUUAACAAUGGCACGGACGUGCUGGCAUGGUGCUGGACAAUGGAGGCGUAUAUUAUAAAUAAUAUUGUACAGCAUCGCGGUAACGCGCGUCCAUCGUUGCUAAGAGGUCGCCAGUUGAUGCAAACGACUUCGAUGAGAUCCCGUUUUAGAAUGCCUCAUACGUACGUGCACGUACAUUUAUUAAUUUUCUUCUAUCAAUAAUUCGAUAUUUCAUCUGGUUAUUUUAUGUGGUUUGAAAAGUGGUAAAAAAUUGUUUACGCAGCUUUACUCGGAUAUGUCCCUAUCCUCAAGUGAGAUUUUUUAAUCGAUCAGUGUCCAACACCGCUACUGUCCCUCCUCCUCUUCAGGGAAGAGCGGGCUAAACCUCGACAAGUGCUGUGUUACAAAAGUGGGCUACGUGAAGAGUACGCGGUAUAUAAACAUAUCGACGAUAUGCCGAGAGAAACCUCGCAUUUAGCUCUAGUAAGGAGCGAGAAAUCCGCCGUCACGUCCACACACGAUUACUCCGUGUUUCGCAGAGUUUUGCAAUAAGUGCAGUUUAAGCCAGUAACUGAGUCACCUGAGCGUACAAUAAUCGCCAUUUGUAUGUGUAUGCGUGCCUGUGUACGCGUGAGUGUGUAUGUGAGUGUGCGUGCGUGUGUAAACGUGUGUAAAACCCGAUAACUCAACUUCAGAGCCGGUCGUUGCAUCUUCGGCUCAAGUGUUCGCUAAUUUACCCGGCAGGCGAGCCACGUCUCCCCUCGCCCGGUCUCUUUCUAGAUUUCGCAACACUCGCCAUAAUAUAUAAAUAUAUAUAAUCAGAGAGAUGAGAGGGAUUAGUCGACGACCGACGAUGGAAAAACCGGCUCUUGAUUGCUGUUGCUCCUUUGCGCGCGCGCGCGCGCGGCCAUGUACGGGUAAAGGAUAACGCGCGCAUCACAGGAUGCCAAUAGAAUCCGCCAAUAGAAUCGCGCUUUCGGCCAAUUCUGCACGAUGUCCACGGGAUGUUCCUCGGUAUCUUGAAGCUUCGACGUUAGGUUAGAAAUCACAAAAGGGAAUCUCUCGAUUGGCCACGUGCGCCGAGCGCGUCUUGCAAAUCGGACGACCUGUAACGACAGCGACGUUGUCGACGAGAGCGACGACAACACGACGAGAACGAGAGCAAUAACACGAGUAAUGAGGAAGUAGAUGAUCGGCAGAAGAAAAAAAAAACUAGAUGAAGUAGCGCGCUUGGUCAAUGUGGAAAAUAAAAAAAAAUACGCGUCACCAAUAGUAGACCCACCGCGAGGCAAACAAGUGAUCGUCACUACUGCUGCUACGUCAUCCCACCCGUCGUCGCCAUUAUUGCCAUUAAUACGGUCGCUACUAAUUACUAUUACCACCAUUACUACUACUACUAUUAUUAUGGUUAUUGUUAGUACAUACAUUUACCGAGAGACGUUGUUACGAGUAACACCGCUAAUAAUAAUUAUCAUUAGAGCGCGAAUGGCAACAACCGUGACGCACGAUCGGUACAGGAAAUGGCGGAGACGACAAGAGCGAUAAGGGUGAGAUAAAGUCUGUCGCGAACAACGCAUCACGCGAACAAAGCAUCGAUGAAUCGAGGAAGCCUUGAAAGUUCGUGUUCUUCGCGAAUACCGUUGCUAUUUAGUUAGUUAGUAGCUAUUAUAUUAUAUUUAGCUAUUAUAUUAUAGAGAUUGUUUUUCUUUAUUGUUUAUCUUUAUUUCCGCCUAUGAAAAGUAUGUAUCAGUUUCUUCAUUGUAUGAUUUUUCUUCUUUCUUCUCUCUUCGAUUAAUGACGGAUAAUGGAAGAUGGCGUUUGCACCGGAAAAACGACGAAUAAAAGUCGUUCAAGGCUCUCUCGAUGAACAAUCGGUCAUGAGAGGGAGGGCCGAUUGGAAUCUAUGCAGGACUCUUGAAGUGCAGUGCAAAUGUCGAAGCAAUCCAGGUACAACCAGGAAACGCAAGCGGUCAGCAGUUAGUACGACUGUGGAGACUUUCUCGCAAGGGAGAGUUUGCCCGUUUGCCCCUUGACGCUCCCUUGACUCUCCUGUCGCCUCUCGACCCGGGUGACCUUGCUCGGUCUCAUUCGAGAUUCAUUGGAGUCGAUGCGACUCCAUAGUUCGGGGGAAGUAUGGAGUUCUUGUUGUUGAGACGAUUGACUCGCGUUCUGUCGACACGUGUCAGCGCGGUGCGCGGUCGACCGCGCACGAUUUUUCGUACCGGUUGAUGCUUCGCAGACAAGCCCGCGAUUCAACGCGGGCGCGUAUUAACGCGCGAUUAUUCCUCGAUCGAUAUCGUCCGACACGACAUCGCCCCCUGUACAUCGAGCCUGCGACAGGACAACACAAAACCCGCCGCAUUUCCGGACGCUCCACGAUUCCCUCUCUGUCGUGAACUGUCCUCGAGAGAGAAUCGACGCUUCGCUGCAGCGCUCUUCAGAACCUUUCAAGCCUCGAACUUCAACCUCCCCGAAAAUUGCCCGAUCGGCGGGAAGUAUCAAGUCAAGCUCGAAGUGACGAUCGAUCCUGCGACGACGGUUGCGGAGACACGCUGCUGCAUCU